AUGGCCGGGAACUCUUUCCGCCGGCUUUGGACGUGGAUCUCGAUCGUGGUCCUGCCAACCGGGUGCUUGCUCUCUUCUUCCACCACCGAACAGCCUCCGUGCGUUUCUCCGUACUUCUCCGAUAGAACAGAGAACGAUUGCUCGUUCAACCAGUCCUCCGGCGAAACUGGCACGGAGGAAGUGAUGGUUUUCUUGAGAGAGCGUUGCGACGCCACCGAGACGCUCGACGCGACGGAUAUUCACCGGUACUUGGAUCGAUCCAACUUUGACCUGCAGAUCACCGUUGUACCUCUCUCUCUGUCGUGCGAAACGAAAACUUGGGGCCUCGAUGCCCUUCUACACCUGCUCGGCGAAAGAAGAGCCAAAGCUCUCGUAGCUGCCCUCGACUCGCCGAUGUGCGAAGUGAUCGCCAAACUCGCCCAUCUCUGGAACAUGCCGCUCCUCACGUGGACCUGCCCUUUGAAAGAUUCCGAGGAAAGGGAGUUCUCCUCGAUCGUCCGCCUCUCUCCCUCCUUGCCAACCAUAGCGAAAGCUCUGGCGGAGAUGUUGACGCGGUUGCAAUGGAAAACGGUAGCGGUGAUAGGAACAGAUCGCGAACCAUGGACGAGCCUCGAGAGAGCACUCUUCAAUUCCCUGCAAAGCGUCGGAGCUGUGAUCCGACACCGCGCCACCUUACCGCAUCGAGCCACGCUCCAGCAAAUUCGAAAAAUUCUCCGCGCGAUGUACAAUGUGUCUCGCAGAGUUACAGUCCUAUGUCUACCCGCGACCGACGACAUAACGGUCCGCGUGCUCGCCGAGUUGGAUGUCGCGCAACAAUCCUCCAACUCCUCCUCCAACUCCGUCACUCUGAUCGUUCAUACGCAAGACGACGAUCUCUUUCUGCCCAACGACACCUUUUCCAACAGUUUCGUCUCUCGUCCCGACUCUUUGGCCGACUACCGAGACGACAACGCGACAAACGCGGAGGAAGGGGACGGGGACGAGUUGGGGGACGAAGGAGAGAUGGAGGAUCGAUUCUUCCCGCCGGGAAACCUGAGUUCGACGUUUCUCGAAAGACUGCUGGCGAUAACGCCUCUGGAUCACAGGUACGACGCGGAGAAGGUGUUCCAAGGCGCAGAACGGUACGCGGUACCGACAUUGAUGGAUCGUUUGAACGAAACUCUCGAUAUCUUGCUAUACGAUAAUUCCAGUAUAAAUGCCUUUAACAACAAGAUUUUCACGUACGUAUUGCUUGAAUGGCGCGCGAACGUUUGGAAACCGAUAAUGAUCACCGUGGAACGACGUGGAGAAUUGUCGGUCCGAAAAUUGUCGGUGAACGCGGUGGCGUUCGGCAACACCAACGACGCUGCUGAUCUUCCAAAAUGCAACAACAUCGUCGACUCGGUUCCUUUUUACCCCGUUUCAGAAGAUGUCUCCAACGGAUCAUCGGGCUUUCGCGUCGCACACGUCGUCGCGAUCGUUCUAGGAUCGAUAGUUGUAACCGUGCUCGCGAUACUCCUGGUAAUCUUAAUCAGGAAACGGUUACUCAACAACAGAAUGUCCAGGGGUCCGUACAAGAUCAUUUUAACUACGUCGGACUUUGUAUUUCCUCAAGUGCCUCGAGUAGAUUCUAGGAGGGUGGAUGAGGGUAUCGAGACAAUGUUGUGUUGUUGGUUGCAACAAUUGCAAGAGUUUGGAGGACCGGAAGUAGAGAAGCCGGACUUGCUUCAACUGGGAAGCGUAUCUUCGUUGAAGCCGUGUUUACGGGCGAGUACGGGAAAUCUGGCGCGACCCAAUUUCUUCAAAGAGCCCUGUGCGCGAUACAACGGUGACAUGGUGCAACUGAAACAAUUGCCCACUCAGGGUGGUACCUUCGAGCUGAAAGGCAAGGCAAUGGACGUGUUGGUGAUGAUACACGGGCUCAGACACGAAAAUCUGAAUCCGCUGAUAGGAUGCUUGAACGAACCGACGAGACCGUACCUCGUCUACGAGUACUGUUCGAGAGGAUCGUUGGAAGAUGUACUGGUGCAAGACGAGAUCAAGCUCGACUGGUCCUUCAGGUUAUCCCUGCUUACCGAUCUCGUCCGGGGGAUGAGGUAUCUUCACGGUACACCGGCGCGUGUACACGGUUAUCUUACCUCGCGAAACUGUGUCAUCGAUGCUCGCUGGGUCCUCAAGGUAACCGACUACGGACUGCCGGCGUUUUACGAGGCUCAAAACACCGCUCCCCCGACUAAAAUGGCCAGAGAUCUUUUAUGGACGGCGCCGGAAUUGUUGAGGCAACCGAACCUUCGAAAGAGAGGAACGCAACCUGGAGACGUUUACAGCUUCGGCAUUAUUAUGCAGGAGGUGGUAGUUCGUGGAGAACCGUUUUGUAUGCUCGCAUUGUCCCCGGAAGACAUCAUCGAAAAAGUGAUGAAACCACCGCCAUUGAUCAGGCCAUCGGUGAGCAAAGGCGCCGCACCGCCGGAAGCGAUAAAUAUCAUGCGUCAGUGUUGGGCUGAAGCGGCAGAUAUGAGACCCGAUUUCGACGACGUUCACGACCUAUUCAAGAAGCUCAACCAUGGAAGAAAAGUGAAUUUCGUCGAUACGAUGUUUCAAAUGUUAGAAAAAUACUCCAACAAUCUGGAAGAAUUGAUACGCGAGCGCACGGAACAGUUAGACAUGGAAAAGAAGAAAACGGAGCAAUUACUCAAUCGAAUGUUACCCAGCUCUGUUGCCGAGAAAUUGAAACUGGGCAUGCCCGUCGAUCCCGAAGAAUUUCGAGAAGUGACUAUCUAUUUUUCGGACAUUGUUGGUUUCACGACCAUCUCUGCACAUUCAACCCCAUUCCAAGUAGUCGAUCUUUUAAACGAUUUAUAUACCUGCUUCGACGCCACCAUCAACGCGUACACCGUAUAUAAGGUCGAAACGAUCGGGGACGCUUACAUGGUCGUGGCCGGUUGCCCAGUCAGAAUACCCGAUCAUGCCUCCCAAAUAGCCACAAUGGCUCUCGACUUGCUGCAUCAAAGUGGCAAAUUCAAGGUGAAACACCUGCCAAGGACUCAACUCAGGCUUCGAAUUGGUCUACAUACCGGCCCAUGCUGCGCCGGUGUCGUUGGUCUCACCAUGCCAAGGUACUGCCUAUUCGGCGAUACUGUCAAUACCGCGUCCAGAAUGGAAUCGACCGGUGCACCCUGGCGUAUACAUCUUAGCCAGGCAACCAGAGAUCGGCUCACUCGGGUCGGUGGAUAUCAUAUCGAAUAUCGCGGACGAACGGAAGUUAAAGGCAAGGGAAAGAUGCCCACCUACUGGUUACUAGGAAAGCAAGGUUUCGACAAGGAACUUCCAAAGCCGCCACCUCUUGGGGAAAACCAUGGCCUGAACGAGAGCCUGUUAUUGGAGAAUUUAACCAAGGAGGAGUCGAUCGUAUCGCCAGACGACAACCACUCCAACCUGGAUUUGCCCUGCGAUCGAACAAAGGGGCAAGUUGAACGAGACGAGGACGUGGACGUGGACGUGGACGUGGACGUGGACGUGGACGUGGACGUGGACGUGGACGUGGACGUGAAGAACGCCGCGGAAGAGUCGGAGGCGUGCAAAGUCGCGGUGGUCUCUGUGCACGAUCAACACCUGCUAGAUUCCUCCGAGGAGAAGUCGAAUGAAAUCGAAAAGGACCACUCGGUUAAUCCGACUAACAUAACGAAAACCACUUCCGGCGAUACUCAACCACCUCUAGGAACCACGUCCGGUAUAUUUAGCGCCGACGCAACUGUUCUUGGCGCCUCUACCACUUCCCUUACGUCCAUUUCAAGCUCGACCACGGUCCCUUAUAGACCGGUGCCGGCAAGGCAUCGUAGGAUAGCUGGCUACAUCGACGAAAAUGACUUGAGUACACCGUACAAUCAUUACAGGUGUCUUUCUCCAAACGAACACUACGGCAAAGCUACAGGUUAUCGCUUCUUGAAGAGACAAUUCAGCUUGGAUCGUCCAGAUGACGCCCCAUUCACCGACCAGACUACUAAUCACCAGCAGUUGCAACAACAACAACCGCAACACAACUUAAACGCAACACCUAGACUUUAUAAACAAAACAGCGCCGGCGCGGCGAAUGACUUGGAACGCAUCGAAGAGGUACCGUCUACUCCAGGACCGCUGCUACAACACUACAGACAGGCAGCGUCCGUUUCUCUCUCCGUUGAAUCUUUAACGCUCCGUUGA